UUCAGUUUCAGAUGUCCAGUUCGAAUCCAGUCUGGUAAUUCUGGUAUACGGACCAGAUUGUCACAUGACUUGAUAAAAAGAAGAAUCUAUUGAAAUUCAUGGUUUUCUAACUCCUGCACGAAGUGUUAUUCCCUUUCUGAAGACGUGUUCCUGAAGAGAUGUUGAGGAGGGGGCGGGGUUGAGCCGCUCCUUCCAUGGAAUUGAAGCGGAAUAAGAGAGCCCAGCGAUCUCAAUCCCCGAGUCACACUUCGUUGAUGCUUGCAUGCCAACAAGAAGCCAAAGAAGACGUUCGGAAUAUAAUUCAAAGACAGCCAGGCGCAGCUUUACAGAGGGAUCGUACCGGUAAGAAUGCCCUGCAUUAUUGUGCAGAGAAUACGGAUGUGGAUUGCGCCAGUCUUGUUCUUUCCGUCGCUCCUACACUACUUAACGCCCCGGACGAAGAAGGUUACUCUCCUUUGCACCUGGCCGUCAUUAGUGGAAACAAAUCUAUAGUGAAAUACCUUCUAACCAGAGGAGCUGACUGCAGAGCCGUCGACAGUGAAAAGCAUUCUUGUGUACAUUGGGCAACAGUAAGCGGAGACUUGGAGUGCUUAGAUUUACUCAUAAACGCCGGAGCCGAUCCUUCAACGCCGGACAUCCACGGAGCUUACCCAGUGCAUUACGCAGCCCAGAUGUGUGGUCCUAACAGUGAGAUGGGGAAUGAUGUGCGCGUGGGGCUGGCAGUCCUCACUAAAUUACUUUCGAGGGGCGUGGACGUAUCAUGCGUGGACCGUGACGGUCGUCCACCCCUGCUCUGGGCUGCAAGCGGAGAGACCAGAGCUAGUAAAACGUACUGUCCUUCAGGGAGCAGCGACGCCAUCUUGGCUCUCGUCAAAUCAGGAGCAGAUGUCAAUGCAGCAGAUCGAGAUGGCUUGACAGCUCUCCACUGUGCAGCCAGCAGAGGUCAUGUAGAUUGUCUUGAGACCUUACUCACUCUAUGUGGAGCCGAAAUUGACAGAGUAGAUGACAAUGGUUGUACAGCCCUGUUUUACGCUGUCACUCUUGGACAUGCCGACUGCACAAACCUUCUCCUGAGUUUUGGGUCCAAUCCAGACAAGCAAGAUCACAAGGGAAGAACACCGGCUCAUUGUGGAGCAUCCAAAGGCCAAUUAGAAACUCUGAAGAUUUUAACUCAUCACAAGGCUAAUUUGUGGCUGAGGAAUUCCAAGGGAGAUAUGCCUUUACAUGAAGCAGUGCAGUCCGGUAGAAAAGAUUUGGUUGAAUGGUUGCUCCAGCAACACAAAGGCUCUGUCAAUGUGUCCAAUGCUAAUGGAAGAACGCCUUUACAUAUAGCAGCCAUCACAAAUAAUGUUGAUAUGUGCAAGGUGCUAAUGGAUUAUGGAGCUUUUAUCAAUCCAAUUAUGAGAAAUUCAAAGGGGCAACAAAUGACACCCCUUGAUGCUGCACUACAUCGAGGCAACAGAGGUUGUGCGAAGUACCUUAAUUUACAUGGAGCUUUGCCUGCUAGCAAGCUGCUGGAGAAAAGAGAAUACAACAGAUUUACAGAAACUCAUCUUUCUGAAACUCUGGAACUUAGCCCAAACACGAGACAAAGGUUGCUACGAGAUACUUCUGCACAAACGGAACCUCAGUUGCGAGACGUAGAUAUUCAGGCUGUAGUAGAGCAAAGAAACGUGGGAGCAGUAGCAGACUUGACUCGUGGCCAGACGCCCAUAAAUUCCAAGUCAUCUUGUGCAUCAACAAGUAUUCGCUGUGCAGGAGAGGAUGGAUCAGGGAAACCUAUCAUUGCCAAAGUUUAUGUUCACACCAAGCGUUCAAAGAUUAGAAGGUUGACUAGAAAACCUACUGCAUACAGGCGAGAUUAUCAAGGAGAGAAGUUGUGCACCCGUCAGCAACAAAGACUAAACUCUAAUGCCCAAAACAUGGAAAAUGGGUCUUCCAAUGAUAAAAAUGAUACAGAAACUCCACGCGAAACAGAUCUUGAAAAAGAUGUUUCGAGUCGUAAAGCCUCUCAACCAACGCUGUACGAAAAGCUUGAGGAAACAGCUAAAGAAGAAGUUCCACAAUUGAGUUCCGAAGAAAAAGAAUUCAGACCAGAAACAUCGGAACAAAAUGGUUACACUAAAAUGCAUCAAUGCAGCUGCUAUUCAAAACAUGAAGUAGGAACAGAGACUUGUGAUUGUGAUUGCCAUGUUGCAGAAGAGAGAUUAAAGCAGCUCUCUGUAGAGCAAAACAGAAGAUCUUUGCGAGCUAAAGACUAUGAUACGGAGAAUCAUUCACCUAUGUCUAGCAUUCGAAGUUUUGAAUCAACAAUCAAAGAUUCUGGUUUCAGUGAUGAUGUGGAUCGUGGACAUCGCGAAGAAAUGUCUUCCUCUGAUGACGAUAGAGGAGGACAUUCGGACUCAGAAACCAGAACUGGGAAAAGAAAAAGACGACAUAUUGCUCGAUAUGUGGUUAGUAGCGGAGCAGCAGAAACGUUUCGUUUGGAAGAUGAAGAAGAUGAAGCCCAUAAAACAAUCAUCAAACCUCGUUCUUCGAGUUUACCUCAUCUUCGUAAGAAAGAUAACAAAUUUGAAACUUGCCCAAGAUUGCUAAACAGGCCUACCAUUACAAAAGAAGUUCAAAAGAGUUUAAAAAAGUAUCAAAUGGAGCGUCGUUUGUUCUACGAGCUGCAAGAACUGAAGAGGAAACAGAUUACGACAACGCCACACGAGGAAAAAGAAAUGGUCACAAAAAUGGUGGAAAGAUUUCGAAAUUAUGUUCUCUCUCCUCCGUUGUCCGAUUAUCAAGGCCCUCUCACGUUCAGGUCCUUCGAAAAAUAUCUUUACGAACAAUUAAGGAAGUUGUCUAUGGGAGGAAAAAUCCCCAAACCAAAGACAAACACCAAAGAUAUUUCAGAAAGAACAUAUGUAGGACCAAUAACAAAAAAUGAUACGAAUGUUAAUCAUGUACUUUGCAUGUGUGAUACGCACAAAUGUCAUCAUACCGCACAACAGCAUUCAGAUCUGAUGUCAGACAGACAAUACUACACUCGUAUCCCAUCAUUGCCUGAAAUUGCCCGUAGGACUGAUGAGAGGAAAGGACCACAAUCAAGAAUACUAGUGAAUCGCUCUAAAAGCUGGGAUAGAUUAGAAGAUGGUUCCACAAAUAAUUCCACAUUUUCUCCAUGCCCCGGUAAACUUGGAAAUAUUCAUACUUCAAACAGUCUACCUGCCUUAUCCAAUCCUUUUCCUAGGAGGGUUCCUGCUGCUCUUCUGGCGGCUAUCAGCGAAAGACUUGGCCCAGAUGUCCAUCCGGAUGAUACCAUUGUAGUAGAGAUGUCAGCAGAUAACGUCACAUCGAAAAUGAGACACGCUUUCACUGUUCAAGAAAUGAAAGAAGUGGUCUCGAGGUAUGAAGAACAGGCUGGACGCAAAGUGAAACCUGUACCUCUAGAAACUGUUCUGGACCCAGAUGACGAUGGCCCAAUUACAUUCGAGAUCAGACAUGGAAAAGAAAGAAAUAUCUUUAGAUUACCUGCUGGCAAGUUAAAGGACAACAAAAAAUGGCAAGUUACAUUUACCAUUGGUAAAUGGCAGAAGGAUACGAGAUCGCUUCAUGCCAAGUAGCUGUAGUUUUUAAGCUUUUUGAAGUUUUUAUUCUGCUCUUUGCGACCGAAGACAAUUUUUUGAGCGUUUUCAGGUGAUAAUUUUUUAAGUACUAUUCCAUGUGAUAACUGAGAACUUGCUUAUAAAAGAAAUCAGCCCUUCGCUUUUCAGUGUAUAAAUGUUAGCUUCUUUAAAUGUACAAACAUUUACAUCCCUUCCCUAUCUUGAAGUUGUAUCUAUCGCGCUUUAAUAAAGUAAUGAACGAUU